CCGGAUCAUUGGAUGACGCUCACUUGGGAGGACUUCGUGUAUUUCUUUAAUGAGCAGUAUAUCUCUCCCGUGGCACGUGCUGGGAAAGAACUUGAGCUGUCCAGACUGACGCAGGGAGGCAUGACAGUAGCAGACUACGAGAGCAGGUUCAUGAGCCUACUUCACUUCACGGGCAUGUGGCAGACCAGAGAUCACCAGUCACUGAUGUUUCUAGCGGGGCUCCGUCCUAGCCUCCGCCGCUACCUCGUUUCCAAAAGGUUUCAUUCAGUUCGAGAGGUAGCUGAUGCCGCCAUUUCUCAGGAGAUAGAGACGGCCAUGUUCCAGAAAGACAAGGAAGGAAAUGCUAAGCCAGGGCAACAGAAUGACAAGGGUAAGAGAAAGAGACCUUUCACCGGGCCUGGAGGGCCCCAAAAGCGAGGUAAGGAUUUCCAGCACCACCAGCAGGGUCAAUUCAAGAGAAGACCACCUCAUGAUCAGAGGGGGCAGCAGCAGUACAAAUUACAGGGAACAUGCCACAACUGUCAGAAGUUUGGGCACAGAGCAGCAGAAGUGCCGUAGCGCACAAAGAGGAGGCUAGCAGCAGGGUCGAGGACACGGUCAGCAGCAGAACCGUGGUCAGAGUCAGCAGUAACAGCAGGACCGCGGCUACGACCAACAGCAGCGGAGGAUAAAGGCACCACCUGUAGUUCCGAGGAUUAAGGGGCCAGCAGGCCAAUUCCAUGCUAUCCAGGAGGUUCAUAAGGGACAGAUGGUCCCGUACGUUCCACCCCCAGCAGUUCAGCAGUCGUCAGCCACAGGCAGAGUUUAUGCGGUCGUAGCACGUGAUCAGGGUGCGAGCGGAGCCAUAGUGGAAGGCGGCUCAGAGCAUCGGAGAGUCGUAGGAUGACAGAGUUCUUGCAUAGUCGCCGUCGCAUAUUUUUUUACUAGUAUGGACUCCACAGUAGUAUUAUUCAGUCAUUUGAGUUUGUACUCAUAUUGUUAAGGCAUGUUGCAUUAGUACGAUUUCUAGUUAAUCCAUGUUGAGACAUGUCAUGUUAUUUCAGACUCCAGAUGUAUAUCAGUUGUAUUUCAAUUUAUUCUAGUCGAGACAUGAUAUCAUUAUGAGA